CUCAUUGGGUCUCAUAUUCCCAGAGCCUGGGCUAAUUAUUGGGAGGUUCAUGUGGAUAAAGUACAGCUCAUCCCUCCCUUCACAUCAUGUCCCCUACUCGUUGGCCACACUCGCUGCAUGCUUUUUAAAUUCCCAUCACCGGCCUCCAGACGUCGUUUCCUUUUGCCUGCGGGAUGAUGGACAGCAGGAUACUGGAUCCACCUCACGCCCAGUUCGGAGGCUCUCUCGGCGGGAUGGUGGGCUUCCCGUAUCAUCUGAGCCACCAUCACGUUUACGAAUUAACCGGGCAUCAACUUCAAUCUGCGUCCGCGGUUCCUUUCUCAAUAGACGGAUUACUUAAUGGUUCCUGCACGGCUUCGGUGGGUAAUUCCAACCCCCUCUUGUCUUCGGGCUGCGGGAUGAACGGAGAUAACCAGCACUACAAACUGACAGACUCGGGAGACCCAGACAAAGAUAGCCCCGGUUGCAAGAGACGGAGAACUCGCACAAAUUUCACUGGUUGGCAGCUGGAGGAAUUAGAAAAGGCUUUCAAUGAGAGCCACUAUCCCGACGUUUUCAUGAGGGAGGCACUGGCUCUACGGCUGGACUUGAUAGAGUCACGAGUUCAGGUGUGGUUUCAGAACCGCAGAGCCAAAUGGAGGAAAAAGGAGAACACAAAGAAAGGUCCAGGUCGACCUGCUCACAACGCCCACCCCACCACCUGCAGCGGGGAGCCCAUGGACCCCGAGGAGAUCGCCCGGAGAGAGCUGGACCGGCUGGAGAAGAAGAAACGAAAGCAGGAGCGACGGCUGCUCAAGUCCCAGAACAAGCUCCACUCUGGGGAUUUAUUUCACACCCCGGGAUCGGACAGCGACAGCGGGGUGUCGCAUGUGACCGACAGUGACAACAUCACAGGACAGUCGUUUGACCUUGUGGGGGGAAACCAAACGCAAUCGAGCUGCGACCAAACACCUCACCCUCUCCAGACCCAAAACCAGAACCAAAGACACUUGGACCAGGAUGCUGGCGGAUCCGAGCUGGACUCGCCCGACGCCAGCCACCGGUCGAGCCUGUGCUCCAACAACAGCAGAGCCUCCGGCGUGCCGAAACUCAACCCUUUUAGCGUCGAGAGCCUCCUUUCGGACUCCAGACCGAGACGCAACCCUGCGGCCUUACCCUCCUCUCGGCCUUUAAUAGGGAAAGGACACUUCCUGCUCUACCCCAUCACACAGCCGCUUGGAUUCAUUGUUCCUCAAACCGCUCUGAAGACAACAACAACAACAACAACAACAGCAGCAGCGGCGGCGGCGGCGGCGGCAGAAAACUCUGACAGUGACCCCCCAGCGGAGAGAAACCAGUCCAACGUCCGCUGCAGCGCCUCUGCGGGCUCUGCGGGAUGUAGGAGCAGCUCGCCGGACUCUGCAGACGCAGCCACGCAAAAGGGACAGGUGGUAUCAGAGGAAAAGACACGUUCACCGCACACCAGCCCGUCCAGGGCGGCCUUUCUCACUGGCAAAAGUACUCAGAUCUCUGUUAUUUGCAGCGAUUCGACUUUCGCACACGAACACAGUCCACAACUCAUUAAGCCUGUCGAUGCAGACAGAAAAGAGCAUUUAGAGAACAAGGACCACCCUGUCAACCCCGAGUCUGUCCUCAGUGACAGUCCGGCACAAAGAAAGACAGACUCUAAAGAAGACGUCGACUUGGAAUAAAUCCUUGGGGGUAAAAGAAAGAAAAAGAAGGCAGAAACAUACUGAUAUAGCCUCUAAGCAACACCUUUCAUUAGGCCAAAGCUUAACCACAAUCUACAUCUUUGCAUCUGAUCUCUAGGUUUCCCCCCUUCUGCUGAUAUUUUGACAAUGGUGUGCUCUCCCUCUCUCUCUCCUCCUCCUCUCUCUCCCUCUCUCUCCCCCUCUCUCUCUCUCUCUCUCUCUCUCUCUAUCCAUCUAUCUAUCUUUGCGAGUGCGUAUGUGUGCGUGAGAGAGUCAGGAGUCUCUAGAUAUCCUUUAAUGUGUGAUAACUUGUCAGAAAAAAAAACACUCAAGACCACGAGACCAACAAAAA